GGAGACCGCCUGCUUAAAGGCCGCUCUCCUGUGAGCAAGUAAUUGGCAGUCUCUUCCCUGCACGCCGUCCAGGGAGCUGCAGCUCCACCCUGCAUUAUGGACCCUGCUAUGCCCCUGAGACUGUGGCUUCUGCCGCUGCUCCUGGUGGGUUCCGCUCGCGGUCUCGCUUCAGCAUCCGCCCAAGGGAAUAAUUUAGAGAUCUGCCUUUUGCCUUUGGAGAGAGGACCUUGUCGGGCUCUCCUCCCCAGGUUCUACUAUGAUAGGAACCGGCAGAGGUGCCGCAAAUUCAAGUACGGGGGCUGCCUGGGCAACGCCAACAAUUUCCACAGUAUGGAUCUCUGUGAACACACUUGUGGGGAUAUCGAGAAAGUCCCUCCAGUGUGUCGCUUAGAACUCAAAACGUACCCAUGCGACAAGCGCCAUUUGCAGUAUUUCUUCAACCUGAAUACCAUGACAUGCGAACCCCUUAGCUUUCAUCGGUGCAGCAAAUCUUUGAACAUAUUCCCCGACGAAAAUACUUGUAAGAAACGCUGUGAACCAAGCAAAAUUCCAUCAUUUUGCUCCAGUCCAAAAGAUGAAGGCCUGUGUUCUGCCAAUAUAACGCGCUACUAUUUUAAUUCAAGAAACAAAGCCUGUGAGACCUUCACCUACACUGGCUGUGGUGGAAAUGAAAAUAACUUUUAUUACCUGGAAGAUUGCGACCGUGUUUGCGUUAAAGCCCCAAAGAAGCCAAAGAAAAGGAAGACAGGAAGUGGCUUCAGAAUUAGAACAAAGCCCAGACGUUGGACUCCCCGUUUGAACCAUUCCCUUAUACUUGAGGAAACAAAUCAUCAGUAAUUUAUUCAUCUGGUUUUACUGUUGUCACUUUUUUUUGCUUAUGGAUUUUAUUCAUAACAAGCUGCCUUCCAAAUGUUAAGUUAAAAUUUUUAAUUUACUGUUCAGAUAUUUAAGUGACUGAAUCCUUUCAGUUAUCAGAUAUGAAUGUGAACAUGACUCAUCCAAAUUCUUGGGGUGGGUUAGUCCUCAUUUCAGAAGACAGUGAUUACUAGAAUGGCAUAAGUCAAAAUAAAUUGUGCAAUUUUAACAUAUAUGAGAAUCAACAAGAAUGGAAAAACUAUUUAAUUACAAACUUAAAAGUUUAGGUUAUAUUUUAGGCUCCAGGAGACAAAUUGCUGUUUUAUGAACACUUCACACAAUCAUCCCAACAUUAUUACUUAUACCUUGCCUUCCAUUCCUGUCUGGUCAGAUUUCAGUAUGAUUAGGAAGAACAGUUUUUUCAAAGUUAUAAUUAUUACUGGAUGAAUUUGAAAUGUGGAUAAAUUUAUUAAAACAAAAGCAUUUCCUAGAAAAUAUCAUUACAUAUGUAAUUCUGUGUCUCUUUAUUUUCUCCUAUCUGACAAGCUACAUUU